AUGAUGGACAUUCAAAAUUCUGAUUGGCUUAAAGAUUGUCACUUCCCAUCUUCUCCUGGCCCUGGAGAAAAGUAUAGCCUUUUACCAACAGUAUUAUUAGAAGAGAAACUCCACACUUCAAAAAGUGAAAAUGACUUAAGUGACAAGACAAAUAACGGGCCUUCGGCGUUAGAUAUAGAGAGGAAAGCUCGCAAUUAUCUUCAUGAACUUGGCAUCACAGAAAAUAUGCUUGUGGAACACGUAGAACGGGGAGCAAAAAGUGCGGUAAUUGGAACCUAUCGCAUUAUUGUACAUCGCCUUCAAAGACAGGCAACUGUGUCGUGUGCUACAAUGUAUGAUGCUUCAAGAAGUUGCGAAAGUGCUGAUAGUUCAGGCACUAGUCAGAGUGCUAGUUCUUCUGGAUAUAACUUUCCAUUAUCUCUAAGGCGACGAUCAAAAUCAGCGGCCGUAAAAUCAAAUUAUAUGAAAGGACAUAAAAAUCGUUCAAGAACAUGUAUAAUAUUGUGA